UUCCGGUUCCCGACUGUCACUACAUAACCUGAUUGAGUUGGACUUUACGAAACGUAAACAUUUGAUGUUGUGGUAAUUCCUACGAGUGUUAGAGGUUGUCACUUUUGGGGAUAAACAUGUCAAUGUACAGGAACGCAGUGUGGUUUAUGAAAGGACUACAAGAAUAUACCAAGAGCGGCUACGAAGCGGCCGCCAAGAGUUUUGUAGCGUCUGAUCUGGAUGUGAACGUAAGUGGCCGCUCUUUCUUGAUCACGGGCGCCAACAGCGGCCUGGGCAAAGCCACCGCGCAGGAAAUCGCUAACAGGGGGGGAGUUGUGCACAUGGUGUGUCGUAACAAGGGCAGAGCAGAAGCUGCCAAGGAGGAAAUUGUGGAGCUCAGUAAGAACCAGAAUGUUCACGUCCACAUCGUCGACAUGUCCAGCGCAAAACAAGUGUGGGAGUUUGCGCAAAGUUUCUCCCAGAGUAAUGACCUUCAUGUGCUGAUCAACAAUGCAGGCUGUAUGGUCAAUCAGCGCGAACUGACAGAAGAAGGUUUAGAGAAGAACUUUGCUACCAAUACCCUCGGCACGUACAUCCUCACCACUGCACUUAUACCAGCUUUGAAGAAGGCAAAGGAUCCCCGAGUGGUGACGGUGUCGUCGGGUGGCAUGUUAACGCAGAAACUCAACGUGGACGACCUGCAGUUUGAGAAGGGAGCCUUUGACGGCACCAUGGCCUACGCUCAGAACAAAAGGCAGCAGGUCAUACUGACCGAGAGAUGGGCCACACAGAACAAAGAUAUCCACUUUUCCUCCAUGCAUCCGGGAUGGGCCGACACACCGGCUGUGCAGUCGUCCAUGCCAUCUUUCCACGCCAAGAUGCAGAACAAACUCCGCACGGAGGCCAUGGGUGCAGACACGGUUGUGUGGCUGGCUGUAUCCGAGGCCGCUGCCAAGCAGCCCAGCGGUCUGUUCUUUCAAGAUCGGCACGCUGUGGCCACGCACCUCCCACUUGCCUGGUCCAAGUCCACCACACAGGACCAAGACAAGCUCCUUGCGACACUCCACGAAUUGGCGCUAAAGUUCAAACCUUGAGGGUUUUUAAAAAAAUAUUUUUUGAACACUCCUCAAUCAAUGUUUACAAUAUAUAUUGUGCUAAUUAUAAUGAACAAAUGGGAGAUGGUAUUAUUAAAUAAUCUAUUUGCAAACUGCAGCACUCUUAUGAUAUAAACAAUUAUUUUUUUGUUGCUGAUUUGCUGUCAUUGAGCUGAAUGUACUUUUAUACUUAUUAAAUAUAUUGUACUUGUAAAUGUUGACCAAUGUAAAGGAAAUGAAACUAACCAUGCCCAAGUUCAUAGAGAUUCUUGUCAGUUCCAUGCAAGCUGUUCCAAAAACCAUAUUUUAUUCCUAUAAAUUACAAAUAUGUUCCAUUGAUUUGCUGGUAUCCACCCUCAAAAAUGUGUCAAACUGGUCAUGAGAUUUUUUGUUUACUGAUUCUCUAAAAUGUUUGCUCACUGAUUUCAAAUUGAUCAGUUUUUUUCUCUGUUUGCUUUAGUUUUGAUUCAAUUGGCAUUUUGAUAUUCUAAUAUCAUGUUGUAUUUUAUACACAUUCUUGAUAUGUUUUCACCUGAUCCCAGUUUAACUUUGACCUUUGCAUAUUUACAUUUUCUCCAAUGUUGUCCAAGUGAGCUUGUCAUAGUUGACUGAUUUUCACAUAUUUGAAAACUUGGGCAGCAGUGCAGUGCAGCAUAUCACAUAACCUAUUGUUGUUUCCUGUGUCUGCAGUUGUCUAAAACAGCAUAACUGACAUGAUUUUACAACACAGUUACUUUUGGGCUAUUUUCUCUCACUCUAUCAUCUACUAAAGCAUACUACACACUAGGCCUGUCGUGAAAAUUAUCGCACACUAAAAUUUGUUAUCUCAAACUAUUGCGAUAUGCGAUAUUAUUCCCCCCCCCCCCCCCCCCCAAUUUUUUUUUCUAACCAAUUUACAAUAACAAAGUGGGAAUACAGUAUAUUAAUAGAUCAAGUACACCCAUUUAUGCGAUAAAUGUUUACUCUUAAAUUCAAAAAUACUUUUUAAGAAAUCACAACUAAAAAUAGACCAUGCCUCUUAAGUAAAAGACAACAAUAUUAAUACCACACAGAAACAUAGAAUAAAUGUGUUUUUCAAGAAAAAAAUUAAAAUUCCUCUUAAUAACUCAAGCAUUUAUGCCAAUGAAAACUUUUCCCCUAAUAGGUUCUGCUAUGGUUUUCCAUAGGGAUGCAACGAUGCAGUUAGCUCACGGUUCGGUACGAUUUUCGAUACGGGGGACACGAUUUUCGAUUUGAUUCAAUACAUUUAAUGCUCUGGACAAAAAAAAAAAAAAAAGUUUUUUGUUUCGUUUUUUUUUUUUUUUUUUUUUUU